UAACAGUAAACGAGAAUUAGAGAUCCAGUAUUUUUAAAACUAAUUUCAAUUAAUAAAUAGUAGAAAUGAGUGUUUGUGACAAAACUAAGAAAACUGGUCCGGGGUAUAGAAGUCCAUUGGAGGCAAUGGAAGGACCCAAAGAAUCAUUACUAUACGUGACUUGUAUCCAACCAAAUGGUAAAAGAGAUGGAAAGCCAGACUACUUGGCCACUGUUGAUGUGGACCCACAAUCGGACCAAUACUGUCGAGUGAUAUCGCGAGCACUGGUCAGAGAAAGUGGGGAUGAGUUACACCAUUCGGGUUGGAACUCAUGCAGCAGUUGCUUCUGUGACCCAAACAAAACCAGAGAUAAACUCAUUUGUCCGACACUUAACGGCGAUCGCGUCUAUAUUUUCGAUAUGAGUUCCCCAAAAGAGCCCAAACUCUUUAAAGUUGUCGAAAGUGACGAUAUGUACGCAAACAAAGUCAGUGCCGGACAUACAUCCCAUUGUCUGCCAUCGGGAGAAGUUAUGAUCAGUUGUAUGGGUGACGAAAAGCGUCAGAAUAAAGGCUCAUUUGUAUUACUGGAUGGAAAGACUUUUAAUGUUAAGGGCGUCUGGAAUGAAGUUCCAAAAGGAGUGCAAUUUGGUUAUGAUUUCUGGUAUCAGCCCCAACAUAACGUUAUGAUCAGUACUGAAUGGGGAGGGCCUACCACUUUUGGACAGGGAUUCAAUUUGGAUGAUGUGCACAAUGGCCUCUACGGUCACUCUCUUCAUGUAUGGGAUUGGAGUUCAAGAAAAUUGAUUCAAACAAUUGAUUUGGGAAGGGAUGGACUAAUGCCUCUUGAGGUCAGAUUCCUUCACAAUCCAAGCGCUUCGGAAGGAUUUGUUGGCUGUGCUCUCAGUUCUACUAUUUUUAGAUUUUUUAAAACAAAUCAUGACAAAUGGGAAACAGAGAAAGUGCUAAGUAUUCCCACGAAGAAAGUCAAUGGUUGGCUAUUAGAUGAUAUGCCGGCCCUCAUUACCGAUAUCUUAAUCUCUAUGGACGAUAGAUAUCUUUAUGUAAGU